UGUGCGUAUACUCGUACUGUAUUUACAGUUAGCUGGUAUAAACAACAUGCACCAAAACAUGUCGCUAACAUCUUUCAGGUUUUGGAUAUUAUGCUGCUUCAUCCACUGCGCCAAACCAGCCAGCUGCGCCAAGCUACCACAAGGCUGGAAAAGCCGGAUACAUUCCUCGAUUUUGGAGGCUGAUGAAUCCCUAACCGGAAAUGAUAUCAUUUGGAAUGAGGACGCUUCCGGACAUAUGGCUGCACACGGGAACGAAAGCGGGCAGAUGUACAGUUACAGUUACUGGCCGAACACCGGAAAAUGUGUUCCUUACUUGAUACAUCCAGAGUUCGAUAGCAGAGCUCGAAGGCUUAUUACGGAUGCGCUGCGCACGAUAGAACGGCGAACCGACAACUGUUUAAAUUUCAAAAUUCGCUCUGAUGAGAAAGAGUACAUUGGAUUUUUUCCCGGAAGGGGAUGUAAUUCACAAGUUGGGAGAGUUCCCGGAAGUGUAACACACAUUAAACUUGGCAGCCGCUGCAUGGCAGAAGGUAUUAUUUUGCACGAAAUUCUCCACGCGCUAGGCUUUUACCACGAACAAAACCGUCCCGAUCGGGAUGAUUACGUGCAAGUGUUUGUCGACCAUAUUCAGCCCGGAAUGUACAACAUGAAUUACCGUAUCUUGCCCAAUAUGUCGACACACGGGGUGCAGUACGACUUCGACUCCAUUCUGCACUAUUCCCCUUUCGAAUUCGCCAUCAGCCGGAAACGGCCAGCAAUGUUGCCGCGAUUCGGGAAAGACAAGAUGAUUGGUCAGCGCAGACGGCUGAGUAGCCAGGAUGAGACCAAAAUCAAGAAAGCGUACGGCUGCAUCGAUGAAAACUUUGAGAAAGUGCCGCAGACGCCUGCAGUGUGCAGGGACAGUGCAGGAAACGAAGCCAGUUCGUUUAGGAUUACUGCUACUUCGGAUCGCAGUACUACGACAAUGAAGAGUAGCACGAGAAAACGUACUACAACCACAGAAUCGCCUCCAAACUUAGGUUAUGCGCCAGCCAGUUUACAAAGCAGCGGAAACAUUUUUAACGGACCGGUUCGCGGUGUUGAUGUGUCAUGCACAGUCUUGUGUACCACCUGGUGGCUGUGUACUAUCGCCAACAUUGAAAACCCACGGACAUGCGGAGGUCAGCCACCUCGUUGCAACUGCAAUGAAUUUGCUUUCGGCUGAAACACCUUGCCUUGGGAGGAGAAUGCGCGUACGGAGCAAACCGAUUUUAUGCCUUAUGGUGCCAUUAAGAAGCAACAAAACGGAAUUACGUACACUCAUUCGCUUGGGGAAUCCGUAAACGUAAGCGUAAAUACAUAGACGUGGGAAACAGUAGAUUUUCUUUCUCGGUUUUAUUUGAUUACAUGUAGAGGGUGUUCGUUAAUUGUUGUGAGUUACGAUUGCGUAUGUUUUGCAAACUGAUUGUAUGUAGAAGUUUCUUUUACAGUUUUAUCGUAAUACGCAAUACGGUAGUGCUUUGCUGUGUGAGUAAGGACGCUAAACAGUUAAAUUUAAGAUUUCACAGUCUUAAUAGUAAGUACUACAGAUCUGUACAAAUCAUGGAUUAAAUUCAGUACUUGCGACUAUGGACACGCG